ACUCGACACCGUGAUCAGAACUGUCUGAAUUAGGUUAUCGUCAAUUUAAGAUUGAAUAACUGCUUUCAGUUCCGUUUAUAAUCUUGACUUUUAAAGCUCGGAUCGUGUUUUUCUAACAUAGAUAGUUCAAUAAACUACCAGGAAAAGUGUGUUUUGAAAAAUAAAUCCAGUUUAUUUUAAGUGUUAAGUGUUUAAAAUGGUAGUUGAGCUAUAAGUUAUGCAAUCGAGUGUCAAUGAACGUCAAAGUGCUGAACACUAACGAUAGUUGAUUGAAACAUGAUCACCUUUUUGUUAUUUGGAUUUUUGCUAGCGGCUCUGAUAGCUGUUUUUCUCCAGGAAAUACGCCGACCUAAGAAUUAUCCACCAGGUCCCCAAUGGUUACCUCUGGUGGGAAACACUCCGCUGGUGCGGAAAUUGGCCCGAGCUUCCGGUGGAUCCCAUCUGGCGUACGAAGCCCUCGCGCGGCAGUAUGAUAGCCAAGUUAUUGGACUGAAAUUGGGACGCGAGUACGUGGUAGUUGCCUUGGGCUAUCCCGCUGUGCGUGAAGUUCACAACAAGGAAGCCUUCGAUGGACGCCCAAAUAACUUUUUCAUUCGCCUGAGGACCAUGGGCACUAGGUUAGGAGUAACCUGUACGGAUGGACCGUUUUGGGCAGAGCAUCGCAACUUCGUAAUUCGUCACCUGAGACAGGCUGGGUAUGGAAGACAACCAAUGCAGCUGCAGAUCCAAAAUGAACUGAAUGAAUUAAUCGGGAUCAUACGGGUUCUUGAAGAAAAACCUGUGUGGCCAGGAAGUAUUCUUCCAACGAGUGUUAUCAACGUGUUGUGGACUUUUACAACGGGAUCAAGAAUAUCGAGGGAUGAUAGCAGACUGGUGACACUUUUGCAGCUGCUUCAGAAUCGAUCGAAGGCGUUUGACAUGUCCGGAGGAAUUCUGAGUCAGCUGCCCUGGCUUAGAUUUAUUGCACCGGAAUGGACUGGGUACAACUUGCUCAAAAAAUUCAACCUGGAGCUGAACGAAUUCUUCAUGACCACUAUCAAGAAACACCAUCAAGAAUAUAGCGAAGAAAAGUGUGACGAUGAUCUGAUUUACGCCUACAUCAAAGAAAUGAAAAGUAGAAUGAAUGAUCCCAAUUCCACAUUUACCGAUCUUCAAUUGACGAUGAUAAUUCUGGAUAUCUUUAUUGCGGGGUCUCAAACAACCAGUAUUACAAUUGAUUUAGCUUUGAUGAUGCUUGUCUGUCAUCCGGAAAUUCAACGUAAGAUUCAUGAAGAAAUCGACUCCACCUUGGCCCCAACUGAACUACCUCAGCAGCAUGACCGCAGUAAUCUUCCUUACACUGAAGCUUUUCUCCUCGAAGUACAAAGAUAUUUCCAUAUCGUCCCGGUGAGUGGACCUCGUAGAGCCCUGAGUGACACAACUCUCGGGGGCUUCAACAUCCCAAAAAAUACAACAAUACUCAUGGGUCUCCGGACGGUUCACAUGGAUCCGAAGCAUUGGGGAGAUCCGGAAAACUUCCGCCCGGAGCGAUUCAUCGAUGAAAAUCGACAAAUCUUCAACACUGACCGGUUGAUUCCCUUCGGUUUGUGCCGGAGACGUUGCCUUGGAGAGUCUCUUGCCAGAUCCUGUAUGUUCACCUUCCUGGUAGGAAUUUUGCAAAAGUUUUCGCUCCAAAAACCUUCAGAACAAUCACCGGAUCCCGAUUUGAAACUUCAACCGGGUAUAACGUUGUCACCCAAACCAUACCACAUUGUUUUUAAACAGAGAUGAAAUAAUUAACGAGCGUUGGUGGUUUUGAUUUUCGCAAGAGAAUAAAAUGAUUUGCGCAUGACCGUUUCUUGGUGACAUCGAUGAAUCGCAAAGCGAGGAACCCGUUUAUCAGUAGAACCCAGUAUGAAAAAUAAUUCUUUCCACCGGUUGGAAGUGCCAAGAAUAUGUAUGU